AUGCCAGACACUCAACUUACUCCUCCAAUUAAUUACGAUGUUAACCAACUAUUCAGUAAGCUGGAUGAGGCAAGGAAAUCAGAAUGUCUUGGUUUUCUUAUCUCCCUGGAUGAGGAUAUUAAUUACAGGAAACGCCUAUGUAGCAUGGGUAAGCUACGCGAGAUGAUGGAUAUCUUAGGAAUAAACCAAGAAAAUCUCACAGCAAGAUCUAAAAAAGAUGCGGUGGUGAAACACUACAGAAAAAAUGCGGCCCCAGUGGUUGAUAAAUUUGUUCUUUUCCUCAAUAAGAACUCGACUUCAAAAUCUCUUCAGCCAGUGGCUUCCACAUCCAACCAGUCCCGAUUGAAUGUAAAUGGACGUGUACGAAUGUCUAUUGAUACAAAUCCUUUGCCAGAGUUCUCAACAUCUGCAAUAGCCGACUCCAAUUCUACCCCUAACUCUUCGACUGAAGAUCUCCCAGCUCUGGUUCAAAAAGGAAGGCAAAAUUCAAAAGUGGAAGAUCUUUGCGAGGUUCUGAAGAAAAGUGUGAACAAAUUUCUCUCUCACGGUUUCAGCAAAGGCGCGCUUGUGAAACUUCAAGCACAUGCAGCAGAAAUUACAGGAAAGGGUAUGGGACGCUCAGCGAUUAAACCUGGUGAUCUUCGGCGGCCUUAUCUACUCUCCCAAGAAGAAAUGUCAAAGAAGGAUCGGGAUAGCAUUCGACAAACCCUGCAAGUCUGGUGCCCGCAAUUGUGGAUUCCUCUCAACGUAGCCACAAGCAAACCAAUUCUGCUUGCUCUCUACAACUUAAUUUGUUUGGAAAUUGAUGAGCCUAGCCUCUGCCAAGGUGUCCAUUAUGACAUAUUUCCGAUGGAGGAGCUGAAAGUUGAGGGUCGUUUCACUUUCUGA